CGUCGGGCUUCAAGUCCCUCUCUCAUCUCCACCGGGCGGAGGCUUUAGUUUUUGGAAAGACCUGCGAGGUCGCCUGCGUCUCCCAGGUGCAGUUGUUCUAAAUUUCUGACGGCCAAUAGGCGCCGAGGAGCUGCGGUUUCUGCCCAAUGAGGCUCACAGCGGGGCCAUGGGCGGAGCCAGCGAAGGGGGCGGGAACGGAGCCCCCCUCUGUGGUUACUACUGUGUGUGGCGCCGGCUGCCCUGUGCGGAGCCAUGAGCUGGACCUGCCCGCGUUGCCAGCAACCCGUUUUCUUCGCGGAGAAGGUGAGCUCCCUGGGCAAGAACUGGCACCGCUUCUGCCUGAAAUGUGAACGCUGCCACAGUGUCCUGUCCCCAGGAGGGCAUGCAGAGCACAAUGGGAGGCCGUAUUGCCACAAGCCAUGCUAUGGGGCUCUCUUUGGACCCAGGGGGGUGAACAUUGGUGGUGUGGGCUCCUACCUCUACAACCCUCCCACUCCCACCCCAGCCAGCACCACUCCCCUCAGCCCCAGCAGUUUCAGCCCCCCCAGGCCCAGGACUGGCCUCCCCCAGGGCAAGAAAAGCCCUCCCCACAUGAAGACAUUCACUGGGGAGACUUCACUGUGCCCUGGCUGUGAGGAACCUGUCUAUUUUGCUGAGAAGGUGAUGUCUUUGGGCAGAAAUUGGCACCGACCCUGUCUGAGGUGCCAGCGCUGCCGGAAGACCCUGACUGCUGGGAGUCAUGCUGAGCAUGACGGCGUCCCCUACUGCCACAUCCCCUGCUACGGCUACCUGUUUGGCCCCAAAGGUGUGAACAUUGGUGAUGUGGGCUGCUACAUCUAUGACCCCGUGGAGAUAAAAUCCAAAUGAGAUGCUCACAGGAGAGGUCACUCUAACUCAGGCCUCAUACCAUCCCCUCCAUGAUCCAAUGAGAGCUACAGAAUUCUCCAGUCCCACAGGGGGAAGAUGGUCUUCCAGUGGCCUGGGCCUAGGCUCCAUGGUAGACCAGGGAGUCUAGACUUUGCCGAUUCCUCCCUUUCCUGUUCCAAUCUGGCUAGGGGACAUAGGCCACCACAUUUUAAAGGGUAGCCUCCUGGCCUUCCCAGUCCCUUUCCCUAGCAAAUUCUUUAACUUCAAGUACUUAAAAAAAUGUGUUUAUUCUGGCUUCUCCAAUAAAAUGUUGGCUCCCA